UUGUUUUAUUCUGAAGAUAGUCCUCAGGUCGUCCAUGCAUGUCUUAGACUUGUUCGCUCAUCGCCGCUAACGACAGCUAUACAAAUAGCUUCUCGUAUUUUUGUUGUGUGGGGCGUUUUGUAUUUAUACCCUGAGGUUCGUCGUCUAGGCGAGAUCUUGCUUAUAUUAUUUUCUCUGCCGUACGUUUCGAAACGUUCACCGAUCGAUUUCCCAAUGCCUAAUCGUCUUAAUGUUGCCCUCCAUGGGUACUGCGUUUACUGGGCAGUUCUCUUUUUGUACCCGCCAUUCUCGCCGGUGAUGUAUAAGCACAUGCUUGCUCAGCGCAGGAAGGUCCUGGGAUCUCCGGCGAAGAAGAACGUAUGA